CAGUGAUGGGGGAGGGGAGGCUUCAGAAGAGAAUUUAUGGAGGUUAUGAAACUAACAGAAAUAUUAUUUUUAUUAGUAAUAUACUGCUAAGAAGAAAAAGUGGUAAGGUUAAUAACUGGAGACAAAUAUAAUUAAAUCUCUAGCCCACUUACAUGUAUAAAAGAAGCAGUUGUUCUUAAUUUAGUUUGUAGAUGGAAAAGCAAGCACCCCUAUGGAGGGUGUAGCAAAGCAGUGGGGGCUUCUGAACUGACAUACCUGGUGUCAGGUGUAGGGGGAGGUCACAAUGAAUGAUUAAAAAAGCAUGUUAGCCCUGUGAAGUACAAAUGUGGGUUUAAUUCUGUUCCUAGAUCAUUCGCUCCCGCAACUUUCCUUGGCUGGGCAUUAAAACAAAAUAAACAUUCAUCAUGCCCACAACUGGAGUGCCUGUUCCUGGGCAAAAAGCUGAUGCAAGGAAACUGAGCCGUGCCUCGUGGGCAGGGUCUCUCUGCUAUUUUCCGGAGAUGCGCAAGUUGAGGGGUACCCCAAAGAUGCUUGACCACAUCAAGCCUCUUUCUUCUUCCCUGGAGCAUUGUUUUGUUCCAGAAGUUUUCCAAAGCCUGACCUGUGCCAGCAGUUCUCUGUACAGCCCAAAGUACUUCCAGUCCCCACAAACUACCAAACCCCCGAUGGGCUUCAGGGGCUGCCUGCAAACACCAGAUUGGCUUUGGCAUUAUCCUAAUCGUCAGAGCAAGUUCAGACAUCUGACAGACCACCCUGUCAGUUUGACAGGCGCUGGAGGGGAUGUCUCUUACCUGUGUGACACUGUGACUGGCCAACAAGCUAAGAAAGCAGUGCAAGUCAGAAGGUCUUUUUGUGAGGGUCAUCAGGACCGGAGAGGGAGCCGUGGUACAGUCCCACUCACUCCUAGAGCAAGCCUAACAGGUAGUCUGAUCCCUGAAGAAUUUCAAAUUGUGAGGAACAGAGGAGUUUCGCCCUUGAAAUACUUUGAUGGUAAAUAUUCAGCACUUCUUGAAGAUCGUGAAAAGAAACUACGUCUGUUCCCAUCCCUGAGACCUCCUGGGAGGUUAGAGGUCAUCCAGCUGAUGCAUCUGAUGGACAGCAUGUCAGAAAAAGCUGGGGUAGAUAAGCUAAUCAGAGUAACAGGAUCUUCACAGCUGCACAAUAUGCUGGAGCUGCUGAAGGCGGAGCAGAACAUCUACAACAUCAUUUUCCAUGAGCUGAUUUGGCAGGUCAGUGUGGACUGCGUGAGAGGACAGCUGCUAUCAAAGCUCAGGCAGAGGUAUGUGAGCCUCCUGGAGCGGAUCCCUGAACAGAUGAAGACUCUCUACAAAAGAAUGAUGUUGCAGCAGUUGGUCAACAGACGUAUUACAGAAGAACUACUCUAUUUCAAAGAAUCUGUUGGACAGCUGUCUAGUGAGCUGAAGGUAUGAGAACAUUACCGCAAGGUGACUGAAGAAGCAGAAAAAGCUCAAGAGGAGCUACAUGCAGCCUGUGCAUGUAUUUCAUUGUCUUUCUCUUCCAGGCUUUUGGAAGAGUAUCAGGAGUUAGACACGUUACAGAGAAGACUACUAGAAGAGCAGGCUCUAUUGCUAGCUCAAGAGAGAGACACCUGGAUCGCAGCCAGGUAUGACCUGGCUCAGAAGAUAAUAGACAGAAACCAGCUCACAUUGGUUCACCAGCUCCAUGUUGGUGGAAAAACAUUGACCAGCGUUCUCAAACAUUUCAUAAACCUCUUGACCUCAAAGGACACAGAAGACCCGACUGAUUUGCAGGAAAAGACAGAGCAGUUCAGGGAGAGAUAGGGUCAUAUUGGAGCAGAAAUAGAGCGUUCUGAGGAGUCCACCCAGAGAAAACUGUAAACUGUCUGCAGCAGCUUCCACAAGCACCUUCAAUACUUCCAUAGAAGUGACUCCUCCUCUCAGAUGAAUGAAAAGCUAUUAGAUGAAAUCCUAUCAGAAAUCAAGAACUUGAUAAAUAUGCUAAAAGAAGACCUAGAGCAGUACACAGGGGAGGUGCACCUAAGAAAGACUGAAAGUCUGAAGAGCACUGCUGGCCUGCUGGAGUACUGGACAAAGCUGGGACAAACGGUGAUAAAUCGACACCGGGAUUUAACUGAAGCAUUGCCUCUACAGAACACUGCCCUGGAAUAAAUAAAACAAAGGGCAUGCGAACUUCACAGGCAAUACAAUAUAAGGAUAAAUGGAAAUAAUGGCACAUCUAAGUUUUUGACAGCCUUGGUGAAAAGUAUGGAAGAUUGGUUAUUCAAGGUGCAAAAGCUGAAGCAAGGUUCUGGCAUGCACAAAGCUGAGCUGUGUGCAUUUUAUCAGAAGAUUCCUGCGUGGCUGGGCCAGGUGGAUGCAGUGAAGAAUUGUGUGGGCUUCAGGCAGUUGCAUGAAGCUGAGAGCGAUCAGAAAUCACACUUUCCGGUGGUACCUAAUGUUUUUUUUCAUAUGAUUCAGCAAUGGGUUCUGUCCAUGAAUAAUGAGACUGAGAAGAAUGUCACACAUGCAAAUGAAAAAGUGACUGAACUGGACAGAAACCUGACCCUGUGGCUGGUGGAUUUGCUGAGACACAUGACAGCGGAACGCUUGUCCUGUGAGUGUCCCCAGUGGCAGGAGUCCGGUACUGAGAUGAUGGACAAGGAGCCCAGGCCUCUGAGGGCUAGUAAGCUGCAGCAUGGAGAUGAAGAGUUGGUUGCAGAGAUGUGCAGACUUGCUGAUUCUGUAGACAGCUGCUGUCGCGAGACAGUCAAUUAAAUUGUUCAAAAGAAACGGUCAGAGAAAGAUUUAGAAGCUGAUUUUGAGCUGGAGGAGCUGAAUAAGAUCAAGACUGAGUACUGUAAUUGGAUUCAAGUGUGUAGUCAUCUUCUUUCAGAGAUCAAAGGCACUCCAGUCUCCUGUCUGGAUUUAGAAGAACUGAGAAAUCUCUUUGGAUCAGAGGAAUUGCAAUUGAAACUUAAGCUUAAGGACACCGUCAUUUCUUCAACUCAGGAAGAGUCUGAAUCUGAAAAUGCCAUCAGCAAAACGAAACCCAUAACAGAGGACAAACCAUUAAAAGUAAAGGAGGAAAUAGCCAUCAUGCAGCAUCCAUGUGCUGGUAUGGAUUUUCUGAUUGAGGACAAUGAAGCUACUGCAGACGUGAUCAGAUAUUUAGGGCAUGACUCCAGCGUCCACCUGAAGUCUCUGAAAUCAGGCAUCAUUACAGUUACAGGGAGAGAGAUGACUGCCUCCAUGCCAUCAAGUCCCUUUUCUCAGAAAGAGUUUGAAGCCCUAGCAAUGAUGGAAUAUCUGCAAGCGCAACUCCUAGAAAGAGAGAUCCGUGCUCAAAAUGCAGAGGAGAGAUCUGAAGGUCUUGAAGAAAAGCUGGAAGCAGCUCUGCAGAGAAUCUAAGACCUAGAGGGUGAGUUGGAGAAAGAGGGGAAAGUCAUCCCAGAAGUAACACACAAAGAAGGGCAAGAAGAAUGUCUCCAAGAAGGCAUCUCGGAAGUCAAGGCCUGCUCAAGUCUCAAAGCUUCUACCUCUGGCCAGUUCAAGGGCUCCGGAAAAGAACAACAUUAAAGAAUAGCAAUGCCCCA